GCGGACCUAUGUACUAAUGUAGGAAGAUGGACCUUUGGACUUUUCAUCGUCUGUGCCUGAUCUAUAACCAUGGGAUGGGCAAGCCGGAACACACCGUCCAAUACACUUAGCAUGUUAGCGUGUCUAGUAGUUCGUCUGGUGGCGCUGCGCAUUGUGAAUUCGUCAACCGGACAUGACGAGAUCAUGCAAGUUAAUUAUCUCCCCACCGCGCUGUUUAACUACCCAGCAUCCUGCCAGCCUGCUUCUACUUCUGCUCCUGCUCCUGCUCCUGCUCCUCCUGAGUCCUCGUGCCAGUCGCCAAACCCGCGGCUCACCUGAUCCGAGGUAGAAAUUUUGG